GCUGGAUACUUUUAUAUACAAUUCUUAAUGUCUUUACAAAAAAUCCCUGAAACCGUAAAGGUAGGCGAUCGAAUCCAAGUUAAGCUCGAUCGCGCUACCAUUCGUUACAUUGGCACUGUUGCAAAAUCAUCAGGAGAAUGGCUGGGAGUAGAGUGGGAUGAUCCCGCCCGAGGAAAGCAUGAUGGUAGCCAUGGGGGGAUCCGCUACUUUGAGUGCAGCUCUCCAACUGCGGGUUCCUUUAUUCGUUACCACCCAGAAAAAGUAAUCACAGGAACAACAUUUAUGGAAGCUAUGAAGGAUAAAUACCUAGACCCUACUACUGGGAAAGGAGCUUAUGUCCAUGAAGAGGAUGUUGGGUUCAUAUAUCUGGGUGGCAAUAAAAGCAUUGAAGUUGAAACAGUUGGAUUCGAUAAAAUUCAGCGUACCCAAAGUGAAUUUAAUAAUCUUACCGUAGUAGGUCUAGCAGAAUUAUGCAUCUCUGCUGCUGGAGAACCUGGAGAUAUCAACAAAUAUAAACUUGCCAUUGAAGAUGUUGAUCUUUCUCGCAAUCUAAUCAAAGAUUGGGAUACGAUUGCCGAUAUCAUAUCUCAGCUAUCUGAACUUCGUUUACUACGUUUAAACAAUUCUCGACUUGCUCCUUUACCUACCGAUAUCCAUUCUCUUUACCGUGGAUCCCAAUCGCCUUUUGCAAACUUAACUACCUUGGGACUUAACAACUCUGGGAUCUCUUGGGAAGAUAUCUUACGUCUAGAGCCUCUGAUUGCUAGCAUAGAAGAUCUCCAGGUCGGAAAUAACAAGAUUACUAGUCUUAGCGGAAAAGAAAAUACACAAAAACCCAUAUUCCAAAAGUUAAAGUGGCUCAAUCUGGAAUUAAAUGAACUUGAGGAUUGGGAUGAAGUUAUUACUAACUUGGGUAAUCUUCCAAGCUUGGAGAUCUUAUUCUUGAACGAAAACAAAUUCUCCAAUAUCAAGCCUUGCUCUUCUGAACAAUUUAUGAAAUUGGAUUUCCUUCGGAUUGAUUCGAACCUGAUGAACAACUGGGAAAGCGUAAACUCAUUAAAUAGCUUUCAUUCUCUAACCAGGCUACGUUGCAAUAGAAAUCCUAUAUUUAACGAUAUGGAUGUUGAGGAUGUGUUCUUCCAAGUGGUCGGAAGAGUAGGAGGCCUUGCUAUGAUCAAUGGAAAUACAAUGACUGGAAGGGAGAAGAGUGAUAUGGAACGCUUCUAUUUGAAGAAUUGUGUAAAGGAUGGAAAGACCCAUGAUGAAAUUGCUGCUAUUCAUCCUCGUUAUAAAGAGCUCUGCGAAAUUCAUGGUGAGCCAGAUCUUGGGGGCAAAGCAUUUGCUGAUGGUUUUGGUAAAAAACUAAAGGACAGGCUUGUUGGUGUCAAAUUCUCCAGAUACUCCAUUUCAUCUGAAGAACUUUUGGCUAUCACGGAUCAAAAAGUCCUUCCGGCUCCUGUCAAAUCUAUUGAAAAGCGAGUAUUGUUAACCAUGCUGGUCCGAAAUGCUCGCCGAGUAAUUCAGAAAUUAUUACAAAUACCAGCAGAGCGACAGUCUAUCUUUCUUUUACACAAUGACUACGACGGAAAAGGUGCCAUGGUUAUGGAUAUCUCGGAUGACAUGAGAGACUUGAAGUUUUAUGGUAUCUCUGAAGGCGAUGAAAUAAUUGUCCUUGACAAUGCGUAAACAAGAAACAUACCUUAGUAUACUUCUUAUAAAUAUUACCCAUAAUAUACAUAUUCAAAGCUACUUUUUUUUUAAGAAAAAUGAAACAGAAAUGUAACUUUUCUGGGACAAUAAAUAUUAUAUAAAAUUGAUCU